AUGUGCAUUUAUAUAGACUACCGUUGUUGGAGAGCGCUAGGGGAUCUGUCAACUGUCAUCUUCACUUUGGGUCUGAACCAGCCUUCAUCCGAUGAUGACACGCCUUUCUGGCUUUCGGAGACUCGCAAGAGGGUAAUGGGGUCUGCUUAUAAUGUAGACAAGCAAUUGGCCACCUUCCUGGGAAGGCCACCACGUCUUAGUUGGCGGUUUUGUAACAUCACUUUGCCCUUGGAUAUCAACUUUAAAGAAGUUGUCGCCGAACCUAGUGUCCGGGAUUUGGCGAUUAGCAGGCUAGAUGCUGACGGCUGGAGCAAAACGAAAAGCAACUCACAAGCAGUCUGGGUCAGGGUUGCUUUGCUGAUGGGCCCGGUGCGAGAAAGCAUUCUAGAGUUAUCACUGAACCAGCAGGUUGAAGAUCUCCCAGCAAAGAUUGAGUACGGCUUUAUUCUCGAUUUCUGGUCGAAGCUCCCACCCUUCAUUCAGCGAUUGCAUGAUCCAUCCGAAGUCCCAGGCGUUGAAAAAAGUAUCUACCUCCAGGUGCAUCUGGACUUUAUCUUCAAUCGAUUUCUAUUAUAUCGAAUCCUCUCGAAGCGCCUCAAUACGUGGAGCCCGGAUCUUGUCAAGGUCUCGCAUGAGGGUCUAAGCGAGAUUCUUUUGCUUGUCGAAAGUCGAAUCCGAGCCAUGAGAAUUUCUGGCGAAAUUUCUUGGGUGGUAACUAUGCCUUCAUUUCUCGCAUUCCAGUCUACACCGCUGAUCUGUAUACAAAAGAUAUCUUACUUUGGCCUACCAGCAGCCGGGGUCCUUUCAAUUGAGCUCAUUCGCCGGUCUUCCAAUCAGUCCGUGGACACACCCAGCCCCUCAAUCGAGUCGACCAUGUCAUUCUCCCGAUCACAGGCUAUUCAGGACCUAAGCAUUUUUGCAUCGUACCUCCAAACAAUUAUUCAGCCUCACGAAGGCAACUAUGAUAUAUGUCAACAGGCCCGGGGGACCAUUCGACGCGUUCUAGACUUUGUUCUAUCACCUGAAGCCGCUCAGCCAGUUUUUCCGGCCAUGCAGUCAAGCGCCACAAACUUACAGACUCCGAACAGCUCCGAUGUCGCAGACAUUUUCUUGGAUUACAACUACUAUAUCACGCAUCUCGAUAACUGGCAAUUUGAACUACAAAGCAGCUUAGAUAUGCUCUAA